AUGGCGACCUCACCUCGACCAAGGUCACCCGCAAAUUAUGGGGCAAUCGAAAAUUGCGAUACGGAGAGCACCGACUCAAAUGAUAUUUCACCACACGGUACGGAUUACCAAGACCAGGCUCUCACCAAUGUUCACCAUGAACCAUCCUUUGACAGAGCUCGGCGACGGUCAUUCAUCGCGGAAGACGAGGAUCCUCUUCAAAUCGAGCCGCCGACAAUGAAGAAGAAAGAGGAGACAGUGACUUGGUCAAGUCUACCACACAAGAGCCAGUUGGCUAUCUUGACACUCGCAAGACUUUCGGAGCCAUUAGUUCAAACAUCACUAAGGUCUUAUUUGUUCUAUCAAUUGCGAUCCUUCGACAGAAGUCUCCCGGCAUCAACUAUCGCCUCUCAAGCAGGUAUCAUGCAAGGUUCCUUCGCUGCAGCACAACUAUGUACAGCUAUGUUAUGGGGACGAUUUUCAGACCGUGGUGGUCGAAAGCGGAUUCUUCUCAUCGGGUUAUCCGGAACAACGAUCUCAUGCCUUGGUUUUGGCUUCUCGAGAAACUUCUACCAGGCUCUGGUGUUUCGGAUGCUGGGAGGAGCUUUGAAUGGCAACGUGGGUGUUAUGAGGACGAUGAUCAGCGAGAUUGUGAGGGAGAAGAAGUUCCAGUCAAGAGCCUUCCUGAUUUUACCUAUGGUGGCAAACAUUGGUAGUAUCAUCGGGCCAAUGAUCGGAGGUAUCACAUCUGAUCCUGCUGGCAACUUCCCGCUGAUAUUCGGCGGGAACUGGUUCCUUGAAAAGUUCCCUUACGCGCCACCCAAUUUGAUCAGUGCGACGUUCCUCUUUUGUGCUGCCAUGGCAGUGUUUUUCGGCUUGGAAGAGACACAUGAAGCUUAUGCUCACCAGAAGGACGUCGGUAUUGCUUUCCGCCGCAAGGUAUUUUCAGCCAUUGGCCGCUUCUUUGGAAGCAAGAAGGAAGGCUAUGAACAACUUGCAAGAUCGGAACCUUUCGGUCCCAACGGCCACAUUAUUGAGUACGAUCCCGACACCAAACCACGAAAGAGGAUUGCACCGCGAUACAAGAACAAACUUCCCUUCCGUCGAAUUUUUACUUACAACGUGGUCUCAACACUCCUCUGCCAUGGUUUGAUGUCCCUCUCAAUGGGCACCUUCCAAAAUAUCUGGUACUCCUUCCUCUCAACACCCGUCUACGAUCCCGAAAAUCCACCAGAGAACUACACUCCUCACCUCCCCUUCAUGUUUACAGGUGGUAUCGGCCUCCCACCCCGUUCCGUCGGGUUCGUCAUGGCAAUCUUAGGAUCCAUCGGCAUAACCCUGCAACUUUUCCUCUACCCUCACGUCAACCAACGCCUCGGUACCGUCCGCUCCUGGCGCAUCUUCCUGUACUGCUUCCCAAUAGUGUACACCAUUGUUCCGUUCCUUUCACUUAUCCCCUCGACGACACCGCCCCCGAGCCAGAAAACCGGUGUUCCUAUCUGGGCGGCUCUCACUUCCCUCCUCUUUGUACAAGUCGUUGGUCGAACGUUCGCGAGUCCCGCGACGACCAUCCUCAUUAAUAACUGCAGUCCACAUCCCAGUGUCCUUGGUACGAUCCACGGAAUCGGCCAGAGUGCAAGUAGUGCUGCGAGGACGGUCGGACCCGCGCUUGGUGGUUUGCUGUAUGGUGUAGGAUUGAAGAAUGGAGUUGUUGGCGCUAUGUUCUGGGUGUUGGCGUGCGUGGCUGUGUUUUCUAUCAUUGCGAGUAAUUGGGUGAGAGAGGGAGAUGGUCAUGAGAUUCGGUUGGAAGGGGAUGAUGAGGCUGAGGCAGAAGCGGAGGCUGAGAAUGCGCCGCUGCUGAGGAAAUAG